CCGAAGUACUUAAGAUUAUUUUCUAAUGUUUCUUGAACAUUGGUUAAAAAUAACUCAAACGCCCUAGUUAUGUUUUAAUGCAACCAAACAUAAACACGUCUACACACGACUGUGCUGUUGGCCCUGUUUCAUUUAGUCAAGGCCGCACACGGCGCUCAGUGGGAUACACAGACACACGAUAAAGAGAGGGAAAUACGUCGGAUUAAGGACAGUUACUCUUUAGUGUAAGAAAAAUAGGAAAACCUUAAGUGAUUUUAAUUAUUUUUCUUUCAACAAAUGGCACACGCGAUUUUCGCCGACCGCAGUUGGACGUUGGUCGAUUUACCGUCAUGCGUGCGCUACUAUAAUUGUGGUGAAAAUAAUUUUUUUUUUUAUGAUUUUAUGUUGUUGCAAUUUUGAGUAUUUUUCUAUAAUUUCUAAUGAACAUUGAAAACAGUCCUUAAUAAUGACCGAUAAACCUCGGGUGGUGUCUGCUUGCAUGAAACGAAUUAUUCGAGCUAAUGGACGAACACAAAAACCUUUAAUUUCAGGAUCAUUAACGGCUACGUUAGGAGACGAUUUAGCUUACAAAAGUGGCUCUUUUGACGGACGUUGCAUUGCUGAAGUACGAGGGGGGCAUUUGUUGAUACGAUGGAACGGUCCAGCCGGAUAUUGCUGGAAGCUUCUUUUAAGACAUUUAAAUAUUACGCCUUGCGAACAUGAUAAUUACGGUUUUCAACUAAUUAGGCCCGAUACCAAAACUCCUAUUGUUUCAAUUAUAACAGAUAAUGAAACUGAUUAUCAUCAUUGGACAACUACAAUAGCUGGACAAUUAUUAAGUCAAACACCAUUAGAAAAUAUCAAAUAUUUAGAUAUAUUGGGUAUAGUUAAAGAUGAACCACCAUAUCGUAGACAUUCAUCUAUUGAUGCACCAACAAGAAUUUUAUCAAAACAAAAAAAAACUAGUUUAGAUAUGCAAGAAGUAAAUAACAAUAGUAUACUGCCACUAUUUAGCUCACGUAUGUUUAAAAAAAAUGUGUCCAAUCUACCAGACUUGAUAAGGGAAUGUGAAAGAUCUCGUGGUUCUCAUUUGGAUGAGUUCUAUAAUUAUGUUCCAGUAAAACAAAAACGUAUGAUGUUUGAAAGUUCUCUUAGGUGUACAUCUCAAAGUGUAAAUGAUUUGCACUAUAUACCUAUUAGUCACCAUAAUAAUACAAAGUCUAAAUCACUUAAUAACCUAAAUCAGAGUUCAGUACCUGUGAAAGAUAUAUGUAGAUAUUUUGAGAGUAAAUUUAAUGUUAAUGAGAAAAGUUCAAUGCAGUUUAGAUCACUACAUUAGAUAUCGUGAUUUAUAAUGUGAUUUUGAAAAAAAAGAAAUGAAGUGUAAUUUAAGUCAUUAAAGAAAAUUGUUCCAAAGAUUAUAGAAUAAUACAGUAUUAUUUUGUUAAAUGUAUAAUCUUUAGUCAUAAUAAAUAAAUUAGAUGUAAAAUAAAUGAAAUUUUUUUUUC